AUGUCUGCCAAAAAGAUCGAGCAAUGGGAGAUUGAGCGCUACUGGGAGAUAUUCGCCUCUCUUUCAAAUGGCCAGAAACACCUUAACAGCUCGCAGGCCGCCUCCGUGCUGAGGAACAGCCGGCUGCGCGAUGACCAACUCGAGAAGGUCUGGGACAUUGCCGAUGUCGACGGAGACGGCGAGCUGGACUUCGAGGAGUUCUGCGUGGCUAUGCGCUUAGUAUUCGACCUGGUCAACGGGGAACUACAAGAAGUGCCCAACGUCCUCCCAGAUUGGCUCGUCCCAGAGUCCAAGUCACAUCUCGUACAUGCUACCCGCGCACUCGGCGGCCACCAGGAACAGUUCGAGCGGAUAGAAGAUGAAGAUGAUUCCCUCGGCCUGAAGGACGGCUUCGACUGGUACAUGAAGCCCAACGAUAAGACAAAGUAUACGGAGAUCUACGAUGCCAACCGGAAUGGCCGCGGCCAAGUAGAAUUCCAACAACUACAACCGCUCUACGAAUCCCUCGACGUCCCCGAUACGGACGUCCGCUCCGCCUGGAACCUCGUAAACCCCUCCGCCUCACCCGCAAUUAAUAAAGACGCCACGCUCGCCUUCCUGCACAUCCUCAACUACCGCCACGAGGGCUUCCGCAUCCCGCGCACCAUCCCCGCGUCCCUACGCGCCUCUUUCGAACACAACCAGAUCGACUACCAAGUCGACAAGGUCCGUCCCGCACAGCGCUACGGCGCAGACGGCGAGACCGAGACCCGCACAGGCCGCAAGGCCAAGUUCGGUGACACUUAUCUCAGCCGGCUGGGCGUUGGUGGCAAGGGCUCUUACCAGCCCAAGGGAACUGAUUUCAGUGAAACCAUUCAAGACGAGGAGUGGGAGAAGGUCCGGCUGCGUCGCGAGUUGGCGGAGUUGGAGGGCAAGCUAAGCUCUGCUAACAAGGCUUCUGACUCGCGCCGUGAUGGCUCGCGGAAUGAUGGCCGGCCUAAUUGGGUUCUUAUUAAGAAGGAGGCGCUUUCGUUGUUGGAGUAUAAAGAACGGGAACUGCGCGAGCUGCGUGAGGGGACUGGCCGUUCGAAGGAUGGUCAGGAUCUCGAGCGGUUGAGGGAGGAUAUUAAGACUGUUGGGGAGCAGGUUGAGGGACUCAAGAGCCAUAUGUCUCAACGGCAUGAUGUGCUCUCGGGCUUGCGCAGCCAGAUUGAGGAUGAGAAGGCUCGGCGGUGA